AUGUACCACAGUGGGAUGGGGUGCUGGGAGCCUGAGAGGGGGCUGGGCUGCCCCCUUCCCUCUGUGCAAGUGGAAUGUUUGCCCUGGGGGUGGUGGGCCCAGCAGGGCUCCUCUCUCUCCCUCCCUUCCCCAUCCCUUGGCAAAUGGGCACCAGGGGCGUCUGCUCCCCUCAAAGCCAUACCCCGCCUCUGGGCGGGCAUGAGGGGUGGUGGAUGUCAGCCCAGGGCCUGGACCCAGCCUUUUUCUAAAGAAAAAAAUCAAAAAGUUAAAAAAAAAAAAGAAAAGAAAAAAGAAAUUAAUAUAUACAGAAUCCUAAAAGGCCUGGCUGGGUGA